CAGCCACAACACACGGGAAGCUCCGGAGAGACCAAAAAGUGACCAAACCGAAAAGAAGCGUUUGAGACGUGAUCAAGUCAACAAACAGUCCGGAGGAACCAUUGAUUGCUUGAGAGAUUCCAGAGUGACGUGGGCGUGCCCCGUGCAUGCGCCGUUCUUGUGGAGGUGGAUCUUGACAUUUUCGACGGCCCAGAACCUAGUGGAGGUGCUGCCGUUGGACCCAGGCUAUUAGGUGUCGCUUGCAGUAGCAGCGCUCUAAACGCACAGCACCUGCAGCAUCGGAUCUCCGACCAGCUAGCUGUACGCCAUGGCCGCUAUAACAGCUCGAUCGGCCGCCAUGGAAACGGCGAACCUUCACACCACCCCCGGUCGUGGGCUUCAACAACAACAACAACGACCACAGCUACAGUCUCAGACCUCUCCUUCAUCGUCUGUUCCGGCGUCACCCACGCUCUCGAACCCGGACAUGAUAUUGCCCGACGACCCGUACUACGGCCACGGCAACUCCCCCGACUCCGAGAUAGACGCCCGCAUCCGGUCCAAGUUUAUGAUGUGGAGGAGCGCCCAGGCUGCUGUGACGGCCACUUCGGACUUACACAAGAUGUUUGCCGUCAACUCGGCGCAAAUGGGAUACAACCAGCAAAACACAUACGGGUCCUCAGCACCAUUGACGCCGACCACGCCCAUAAUAUAUGGGAAUGGCACCAUCCUCUCGGAUAUCGGGGAAGUGACCGAGGUGGAGAGCACUCCUGGGCGGCCCUCGCCAACCCGCCACAGAGGCCCGGCUAUGCAUAGGAGGAACGACAGUAUCGAUGCUGUGCUGCGGUCAGCUUCACCCGUGAUGGGUCAGUCAGGAUUGGCCAAGAGACUGAAGCCCAGUUUGACCGCGCAAAAAGAGAGGAGAAUGAGCACCGAGAGCACCAGCACAAUCACAACCAUAACCAUGGAGGACCGGCCAGCUUUCCUUGCCGACAUCAACAUUGAUGAUGCGGCUAGUGUAGAUGAUAGUGUUUUUCAGGGUGAUGACGAGGAAAGCAUGGCUUCCUCGUAUGUUGAGGGAACGAUACCCCGAGAUCGGAAUCUUCUGGGAGUUGUGGGUGGUGAAAACGGUGACAGGUUGUCUACUUACUCGACGACUGCCUUGAGCCGAAGAGCAGAGCAGAUUCUGGCCAAUGCGAAGAAGAGGUUAACCACUAUGGAGGGUAACUUGAGUCGCGCACGGAGCUCGCUUCACUAUACUGCUCCCUCUCUUUCAUCCGAUGGCACACCCUCACCCCCUCAGCGAACGGCAUCUGCCAACAGCCGGAACGGCGGGUACCGCUCAUCGUCGGCCAACUACUCUGGUCAUACGCGAAUGACUAGCGAUAUCGCGAUGCGGAAUGGGUUGCCAUAUCGGAUAUCCGUCCAGAGGUCGCACAGUGCCAUGGGUUCUCACGGAGGAAAUCCCAGGCAGUCUAUAACGGCAUCGAAAAGCGCGGAGGCCAUCCGAGGAGGGUGGGAAGACGAUGCCCACCGCCAGACGUACAACAUAUUGACAGGGAAAACCUUGAGGCCGGAUGGCACCGCCCCGGAUGACGACGAGAGUCCCAUUCAUUCCUACCAUGGGACAGCUUACGGUAGCGACCAUAGCAGCGGAAGCUCGAGGGAUAUACAUUCUACACCUGCUCCCACGAGUCAAAUGCGAGAUAUCAAGGACCAGAUGAAAGAUCUAAAGGGUAAAAUAUCUAGUCUACGGGAACAGGCUCGGGUUGACAGCAUUAAGCGACGGAGCGUACAAAGCCUUAGGACGCCUAGCCCGUUUACUCAUGCUCAAGUCGAUCAGUGGUUCACAGAGACGCCUUCAGCUAGAAACUCUGAAAUCUUCACGCCUGAAUCUUUGCAAAGGAACCCAUGGAACGGCGAACAGGACUCGAGUCUUGACGGGGAGCACCCAGGGAGCUAUGGACAUCUGCGAGGAAAUUUAGAUAGUGAAGACGAUUCGUACGAGGAGGGCGAUGUUUCAGGGAGCUUCGAGUCAGCCAUUGACCAUUUCCCCGAGCCGGUCUCGGCAACUGCGGGCACGCACAUGUCUCAGGAAGAGGACAACUUUGAUGCAUUUACCGAAAAUGGGGACGAGGAAUUCGAGGAUGCGCAAGAGCUCGACGACGAUCAGAUGAGCAUUGGUGGCGAAUCGCUCUAUCACGAUACGGUUCAGCACCAAAUCUCGCAUGAAGACCGCGAGGAUGCAUUCGACUACGAGCACUUCUUCCUACACAGCGCCAUGGGUGCUCUAAGCCAACAACAUAUGGACAGGCGAGGGAGUGAAACCAGUUACACGUCGGAAGAUUCGGUUGAAACCACCCGCGGCCCGAUUACCGACGAAAACACGCGCAUGAACAGCGGUGGUAGUGAUAGUAGGAGCAUCAACUUCCACAGUCGAAGCAGGCGGGGCAGCGUCAACUCAAUCUCGACAAUUGAAACUUUCCGGACAGCACAGGAAGGGCGCCCCAGGAGAUACUACGAAGCCGACGAUUCUAUUAGCGAGGAGGUAUAUGAUGAGUAUCCCUACGAGGACGAGUACACCCCAGAUUUUGAGAGUGCGAGUAAACGGAAGAGCGCCUCCUUCAGCGCUGGAUCCGGCAACACCAGAGUCGACAGCCGUGCCCACGGCUCAAGAAUAUCCAACAUCAAAAGCUCCAGCACCGGCACGAUCCGCAGUCACCGCGAAUCAUUCCAGUCCGUUCACGAAGGAGGUAGUGGUCCAGACACUCAGCAGUACCACGACCCUAACAACAACAACCGCAACAGCAGUCUCUCCGUGCGCCGGUGUCCGAUUUCCCCUGUCGCCAGCACGCAUAACCUCGAACACCGACCAUCUGUAUCCUCCAUCGGCUCGGCCGGGACAAAUCGCAGUUUUCCCCUGGUGCCGAAUAAGCAGCGCAACAGAGGGAAUACCGCCAGCACAGUCGUGCCGGCUGUUAGCAUCGCCGUUUCGACACCCGAAACUGUUUACUUGACCCCAGAUCAGGAGCUCAGGAGUAUUUCGAGCGUGCUCCUGAGCGAGACGGCGAGUGUGUGCGAACAGCAACAGGAAACGGAGAAUCAGCGAGCGGAUUCGAGGUUGACGAGCAACAGUCUUGACAACCCAGCGGCUCUGCAGGCUCUUUUGCGCGAGGAUAAGUACCUUGUCGAGAGACUGGUGGCCAGUCUGGGUAGGUGCGUUUUGGGAUUGACGGAGAAUGGAAGGGCAAGUGCGGAGAGUAGGAUGUAUAGGCGGAGAAUCGAUAUGGCGAGGAAGAUUUUGGAGGGGUUUGAAGGGGUGGCGGACGGGCAGCAGUGAAUGGACUGGCGUUGAAACCCUUCAUUUGUGGUUGGUUUUUUUAUAUUUUUUUGGCCUUCCAACUGCUUUCUGCUGGAAGCUGUUUCUUUUAUAUGUGCCCUUGGUUUUCAUGGUUUCAUGG